AUGUAUUCUGUUGCUGGCUUUUCCAGUACCGAAAAUGCACUAAAUCCAUUAGGUAGUUAUAAUCUAAUACAUUCGAGUGGUUUAACCAGUAUUGCUGAUGAAUUAGAUUGUCUAAUAGGUUAUACAAAUGGACAACUAACGAGAGAUGCGUCAAUUCGAAAGUGGCUUCAAAAUUUGAGAAUGAAAGGCGGCUCCGAAGACUUGAUUCAAACAUGUAUAAAUGACGUCCUACAGAUAUUUGAGCUAACAAAUGUACAUGAUAUGGCAGGAAUCAAAGACUUAAUAUCAAAAGAAUUAACUCGAAAAGUGUUUCCGAGAAGCUAUGAUGAUAUGUCAACUAGUGAUAAAAAUGAUAUAUGUUUGCCAUCAUUUUUCUCAUUCCGCAGUAAUAAUCGACCAUUUGAUCAAUCAAUUACUGAUUUAAACCUGAACAACGGUUUAUCACUGUUGCCACAAAAUUCAUCUGAUACUUUUGGUGGAAUGUUAUUUCAAAAUGAUACAGUCGAUCAGGCAGCUGCACUCAAUCUUCAAACAUAUCGUAAUUUCAAUCUGCCUACGGAACAAAUGCUAAUAACUGAACCACAUGAUGAUUUCUCUGAAGAACAGUAUAGCAUACCGGAAACAGAAGAUUCUUCACAUACAAUUGAUCAAAUCAGGUUAGAAAAACCUGUCGAGCGAGAAUCUCGUGUACGAUAUGUUUCCGAUUGGCUUUCAAUGGAUAAUAAACCACGAAAUCCACGUCAUGUUCAUGAUGUUGAUGGGAACAUCUUAAAACUAUUGUUUUCAAACGAUAUCUAUGAACAAUAUUUGGCACAAAAUCCCGACAAAAAUGUUUUUAUGAUGAUAUAUCGUAUAACAGUUCGACAUUCAUCAACUGGUAGUCACUACAUACAUCCAGAUGAAUUUCUAAAUCCUUUGAAACUUAAGGAUCCACAUGAUAGCAAUAUUCCAAGUACAAUCAAUCCAAUCUUUAUACCCAUUGACACCUUGAAAAAGGAUGGCAAAUCAGGAUUAAUGUCAAUGGGUAUAAAAAUAAUUACAGUCUCAACAAUACGCUCGGAUUUAAAACACGUGCAACAACCGUUAACAAGGUUUCCAACUACAGAAAAUGAUCUAAUACCGCAAACAUCGAAUAAAUAUUUUAAAAAACUAUCAGCUGCACAAUUAAUUAAACAAUAUGAAUUGGAUAAAAGUCAAUUUGCUUUCUGCUUAGCGAGAAAACAGAGUGACAUUGAACAAGUGUGGCUUACAAAACCGUAUAUAUCUACCAGUCGAGACUACAAUAACUUUAAAUGCCAAGAAUAUUCGAAACAAAAUAUCUUACAUAAGAUGGGUGCAAAAGACGUUAAAUUAUCCAGUAAUUUUUGA